AAUCAUUCGGCCGAAUUAUGAGUUCAUUGUAUUAUGCCAAUGCUUUAUUCUCCAAAUAUCCGACUGCAACUUCUGUUUUCCCAUCCGGAGUCUUUUCAGAGCAAACUUCAUGCGCCUUUGCCUCCAGUCCCCAGCGCAGCGGCUACGGGAACAGCCCGGGCGGAACGUUCCCAGCGGGGUCGGCGGCGCAUGGUUUAUUCAGCAAUGGGAGCAGCCUGCACCCCCAGAGCCCGGCCAUGUACCCCUCCAGCUAUGGGCUCGACGCUGCCUCCUUCAAUAUGCACUGCUCGCCCUUUGAGCAGAACCUCUCCUCCCUCAUGUGCGACCCCACUAAGCAGAACUGCACCAAGGCUGAACAGAGGGACUCGGAGCUGCACAAUGAGGCCAACUUGAGAAUCUACCCCUGGAUGAGGAGCGCAGGGUCGGACAGGAAGAGGGGUCGCCAGACCUACACAAGGUACCAGACCCUGGAGCUGGAGAAGGAGUUUCACUUUAAUCGCUACCUGACCCGGCGGAGACGCAUAGAAAUCGCUCACACUCUGUGUCUGACCGAGAGACAAAUCAAAAUCUGGUUCCAGAACCGCAGGAUGAAAUGGAAAAAGGAAAACAAAGCGUCCAGCCCUUCCUCUAACAGCCAAGAAAAGCCGGAGACUGAGGAGGAGGAGGAGGAGGAGGAGGAAUGAAGUGGCCCCAAUGGACUAGUGAGCACGAGAUGAUCCACUGACCCAUACUACCUACAUCCCUUUUCUACUAGAGGGUUAGCUACCUACCUACCUACCCACCUAACUACCUACCUACCCACCUACUUACCUACCUACCUUCCCACCUAACUACCUACUUACCUAACUACCUACCUACUCACCCACCAACCUACCCACCUGUCCCCUCUGUACAACCACUUUCUAUGUGGCAUCUCAUUUACCCAAUUAUUCCACAAGCGUCGCAGCAUUUUCAUUUGUUCUACCUUUUUUUUGAAGAAUCCUUGUCCCUGAGAGAUCGUGGUCUUUAAAAAAAAUUCCUUGUGACUGUGUUUGACUAGUUCGUGCGAUAUAAUCGGGAGACCAGUGUGUAGGAUUGUGUUACCCCCCAAUUCCUCUUUCACAAUAGACUCAGUCCAGUAAUUGGAGAAAUCUCCUUUCCUCCUCUUCCCUAUUGACAGAUAUAUGUGUGUAAUAUUUUUUGUGCCAUUUGAAAAAUGUGAUGUACAAUUUAAUUUUAAUAUAAUUUAAUCAUAGACUCCUGUGCUUCUAUUUCUUGAUGAGUUGUUGUAAUGUUUCCUUCAAAUAAAAUGUAAAAAAUAAAAAUAGUA